GAGCCUACGGGCCUCCAAAGCAGUGUGGAGCUGCAAGCAGAUCGCUGCCCUUGGGAAAUCCGGAAUGCCGGGACCCGGCUGAGCAGUAGCCGCCUGCCAGUCCACUGGUCCGCUGGCCCGCUGGCCCCCUCGUCCGUUUGCUGAAGGUGGAGUCCGAGGGCGUUGGAGUCCACGCACCGCACAUGGAAACGCCGGGGGACCCCGAGGGCCCACGCCCACCCGGAGGUGAGGACUCUGCAGGAAAUGCAAGUGAGACGUCCAGACGACUUUCAAAAGAACAGCUUUUUGUACUGGUGUCAGCAGCUUCCAUGAACUUGGGUUCCAUGAUGUGUUAUUCUAUCCUUGGACCCUUUUUCCCCAAAGAAGCUGAGAAGAAGGGAGCCAGCAAUACCGUUAUUGGUAUGAUCUUUGGAUGUUAUGCUUUGUCUGACUUUCUGGCAUCUUUGGUGUUCGGAAGAUACCUUGUACAUAUUGGAGCAAAAUUUAUCGGGAGGAGUUACAAUUCUCUUUGGUGUACUGGACCAAGUUCCAGCAGGACCAGUAUUUAUUGCUAUGUGUUUUCUAGUGAGAAUGAUGGAUGCAAUGAGCUUUAGUGCAGCAAUAACGGCGUCAUCCUCUAUCCUCGCAAAGGCUUUUCCAAAUAAUGUGGCUACAGUAAUGGGAAGUCUUGAGACUUUUUCAGGACUGGGACUAGUUCUAGGUCCUCCGUUAGGAGGACUUUUAUAUCAAUCCUUUGGCUAUGAGGUGCCAUUUAUUUUUCUGGGCUGUAUAGUCCUGCUGAUGGUACCGCUAAACAUGUAUAUUAUCCCCAAUUAUGACGCUGAUCCAGGUGAACAUUCAUUCUGGAAACUUGUCUCGUUACCCAAGAUUGGGCUUCUGGCCUUUGUCAUCAACUCACUCAGCUCGUGCUUCGGCUUCCUGGAUCCUACUCUGUCUCUCUUUGUUUUGGAGAAGUUUAACUUGCCAGCUGGAUAUGUGGGACUGGUGUUCCUGGGUUCGGCACUCUCCUAUGCCAUCUCUUCACCGCUCUUUGGACUACUGAGUGACAGAAUGCCACAUCUGAGAAAAUGGUUUGUGGUUCUUGGAAGCCUAAUGAUAGCAGGGUGUUAUAUGUUCUUAGGACCGAUCCCAAUCUUGCACAUUAAAAGUCAGCUCUGGCUACUGGUGCUGGUCUUGGUCAUCAACGGCAUCUCUGCUGGCAUGAGCAUCAUUCCCACCUUCCCGGAGAUUCUCAGCUGUGCAUAUGAAAAUGGAUUUGAAGAGGGAUUAAGUACGUUGGGACUCAUCUCAGGUCUGUUUAGUGCAAUGUGGUCAGUUGGUGCUUUUAUAGGACCGACGCUGGGUGGAUUUCUGUAUGAGAAAAUUGGAUUUGAAUGGGCAGCAGCUGUCCAAGGUCUGUGGGCUCUGAUAAGUGGCUUAGCGAUGGGCUCGUUUUAUCUACUGGAACAUUCCAGAAAAAGAAGAUCUAAACAUCAAAACAUCCUCAGCACAGAGGAGGAACGAACUGCUCUCCUGCCUAAUGAAAUUUAGUCUUACGGAUCCCAGGUCGAUACAAGGUCAAGAAAGGGAUGUCCUGGCCUUAACCAGCACUGUUGGAAGGGUUUUUAAAUUUUUACGCACAGAACUCCUCCAUUAGGAUGCUGGAAGUGUCAGUGGAUUUUUUAGAUGACCCUGUGUUGGGCUGUCUGAUUGUUGUCUUGAAAGGCUGCUUACCUGUCUGCGAAACCAGCUGCAUUUGAGACACGCAGUCUGAGAAGUGUAGUUGAAAACCACUUGUCCUUGAAGAUAUCUUAUUGACUAUUUAAUUCUAUUUCCUCUGUUUACUUUUCAUACUGAUUCUGUGAAUGCACUUUUUUUAUUAACAGGGAAAUAAAUAAAUUGAUUUGAUAUGCUUAAAACAGGUAAAGAUGACUCAAAUAUAUAAAAUAAUUACUAUUAAAUUAGUUUUUAAAGAUA